AUGCAGAAUCAAGAUGCUGCCAUCAAGAAACUAGAGACACAAAUUGGGUACCUAUUCAAGCAGAUUCCCAGCCACAACCUUUGCAGCGAUACUCACUCAAACCAGAGGGAGGAGUGUCAAGCUAUCACCCUCAGAAGUGGGAAGGAACUGAAGGAAUCCUCCCAUAAACCACAAAAAGAGGGCUCGAAUGAAAAAGAAGAAAAACAAGAUGGAGCUCAAGCUUCCAUUUCAAGUUCGCAAAAAGAAGAAGGAAUGCUGAAGCUAGACGCCCCAAGAGUCUCAUACCCUCAGCAGUUGAGGAAGAAGGGGGAUGACAACCAAUUCUUGAGAUUUUUGGAAAUCUUCAAGAAACUACAAAUCAACAUACCCUUUGUUGAAGCAAUAGAACAAAUGCAACUCUACGCCAAGUUUUUAAAGGAGCUAAUGACUAAGAAGAGAAGCUGGAAGAACAACGAGACUGUGAUUUUAACCGAAGAAUGUAGUGCUAUCAUUCAGCAUAAACUGUCCCAGAAAUUGAAAGAUCCUGGGAGCUUCCAGAUCCCUUGUAUUAUAGGGAAAAUCACAGUAGAGAAGGCUCUAUGUGACUUAGGAGCUAGCAUCAACUUGAUGUCAGUAGCUAUGAUGAGGAAGAUGAAGAUUGAGGAGGCUAAACCAACAAAAAUGGCCUUACAACUGGCAGACCGAUCGUUCAAGUUCCCUCAUGGCGUAGUAGAAGAUUUGCUGGAGGAAGCCAAGGCCUCCAUCAUCCUGGGAAGGCCGUUCUUAGCCACUGCUGGAGCUGUCAUUGAUGUCCAAAAAGGUGAUCUCACCCUGAGAUUACACAAUGAAAAGAUGACAAUCAAUGUGUUCAAGGCCAUGAGUUACCCACCAGAACAAUUGGGGGAAUGUAUGAGGUUGGACUCACUUGAAGAGGAAGUGCAGGAGAGUUUUGAAGAGGAAGAACCUGAAGAGUUAACAGAGGAAGAGUCAACAUCUAAUAAAGAGGUUGCAACAACAGAGAUUCGCAUACAAGGUGCACAAAAGGAAGAGAAUGAAAAGAUAGAGGCACCCAAACAUGAACUCAAAGCACUGCCACCCACUCUCAAAUAUGCAUACUUGGGAAAGAAUGAAAGUUACCAAGUAAUCAUAAACUCAUCCCUCAGCCAAGAUCAAGAGGAUGAAUUACUCCAAGUAUUGCGAAAGCAUAAGGAUGCCAUUGGAUGGACCCUCGCUGACCUGAAAGGAAUCAGUUCAGCCAUAUGCAUGCAUAAGAUACUGUUGGAAGAUGAUGCCAAACCAUCCAUUCAAUCCCAAAGGAGGCUUAACCUAAUCAUGAAGGAAGUGGUACAGAAAGAAGUUAUAAAAUUAUGGCAGGGAGGAGUAAUCUACCCGAUCUCAAACAGCCCCUGGGUCAGCCCUGUGCAUGUCGUACCCAAAAAAGGAGGAAUCAUUGUAGUCCCCAAUGAGAGGAACGAACUAAUUCCUACAAGGACCGUCACAGGAUGGCGGAUGUGCAUAGACUACCGGAAACUAAAUGAGGCUACACGAAAGGAUCAUUUCCCCCUCCCAUUGGAUCAGAUGUUGGAAAGACUCGCAGGACAUAUUCCUUUACUAACUGCAGGAGGAAUAGUCCUUGGCGAUAAGGUUUCUAACCAAGGCAUUGAGUUGGAUAGGGCUAAGGUGGAACUUAUUGAAAAACUUCCUCCACCUAGUGAUGUCAAGGCAAUUAGAAGUUUUUUAGGACAUGCUGGCUUUUAUAGAAGGUUUAUUAAAGAUUUUUCAAAGAUAGCCAAGCCAUUGAGCAAUCUCCUUAUAUCCGACACACCAUUUAUCUUUGAUGAAACAUGCAUGCUAGCAUUCAAGAAUUUAAAAAAGAGAUUGUCCUCUGCUUCAAUCAUUUCUCCACCUGAUUGGAACUUACCCUUUGAAUUGAUGUGUGAUGCAUCUGAUUUUGCAGUUGGAGCAGUGUUAGGGCAGAGGAAAGACAACUUAGUCCAUGUGAUAUACUAUGCUAGCAAAGUCCUCAAUGAUGCUCAAAGAAACUAUUCCACUACUGAAAAGGAGUUGCUAGCAAUAGUUUUUACAUGUGACAAGUUCAGAUCAUACCUCAUUGGUGCUAAAGAAUUCAAUAUUGAAAUCAGAGAUAAGAAAGGAGUGGAGAACAAGGUAGCAGAUCACCUAUCCAGAAUCCAUCAUGAGGAAGGUGGAACACAUGAUACAAGCGUGAACGAGCUCUUCCCUGAUGAGCAAUUGAUGACAAUUCACAAAGCACCAUGGUUUGCAGACAUUGCCAACUUCAAGAUGGAAUCCUUAGAAGAUGUGUCUCGGAAGAAGAAGGACAAGAGGUCCUAUGGAAUUGCCACGGCUCAUGCUAUGGAGGCCAUUUUGGAGGGGACAGAACUACAGCAAAGCUGGUGCAAAGAGGAUCUUGCAGCUGCAAGAGAUGGAGGAAUUUAG